AUGAAGCUGUCGCUUAUUCUUGCUGCGGCCGCAGCGUCAUUCAGCUUGGCUGCUCCGACCGGGGGUGAAGUCAGCGGUAUAUUAGCAGGACCUGUGGCACGCUCCACCGUCCCCGAUGCGGCAGCUCAAUCCGGCCUCGUGAACAUCACCGGCAGCACCGACGGCACGGCAGCCGAAACGCUCUACUUCGAGCUCGGCAACCUCAAGCAGAACGUGGGCCGCCUCGCGGGCGAAGACAUGUACUGGCACAUCAUCGGCGCCCUCAACGAUCUGACCAUCGCCGGCGCGCCGCCCACGACAACGAUCCGCGUCAAGCGCCCCUGCCGCAACAACGGCAUGGCCGACGAGUGCGAGGAGGACCUCAAGAUCUGGAUCGAGCGCCGCAACACGGACAGCGCGACGGUCGAGUUCCUCAUCGAGAAGCUGAUGGCGGGCGCCAUCCAGCGCAUGACGGAGAACGACAAGCAGUGCUACAUCUACCGCUACGACGACAUUACGAAGACGAUCCCCCUGCGCUACUGCAAUAUUGCGAAUUAUCUGAGCGUGAAGAUCCCCGGGGGCCGCUCGAUGGAUGUCCACUUUGAGUCGAGCAAGCGCGGGGGGCAGUUCGAUUGCAUGGGUAUGCUCACGCCGGUCAACGACUGGAUUGAUCAGUUGAUGCCUGAGAUCAACCGCGAGAUUGGGAGGAGUGAUAUCGACAAGAAUGCGUUUUGCUUGGAUAGGGGGAUCACUGUCGCUGAGAGCAUUGGUGGACUAAGCGUCCAUCCAAGUACAGUACCACCCAUGGAUAGGCUAACCAACGACUCACCGAGUCAGCGAUUCGCCGAUAUACCAUUCCACAUCCCACGAAUCUAUAAGAACAAGACAAUCCCCCAAUACCCAAACCCCACCCCAAACCAACCACCACCAUCCCCCUACCCCAAUCCCAGCACCCCCAACCCAACCCAACCCCCCAAAAUGCCCACCCUCACCCUCCACCACCUCCACACCAGCCAAAGCGAACGCAUCCCCUUCCUCCUCGAAGAGCUCGCCCUCCCCUACACCCUGCGCCUCUACCAGCGCGCGCCGCUCCUCUCGCCCCCCGAGCUAAAAGCCCAGCACCCCAUGGGCGCCUCGCCCGUCCUUGAGGACACCACCGACCCGGACAGCCCCAUCGCGCUCGCCGAAUCCGGCGCCAUCGCCCAGUACCUCAUCCACAAGUACGCCGACGGCCGUCUCGCGCUGCCCCCCACGCAUAAGAACUUCGCAGACUAUCUCUACUGGUUCCACUUCGCCAACGGCACGCUGCAGCCCGCGCUCUUCCGGCGCGCGCUGGCGCGCGGUCUGCUCGCCGGCGACGAGACGGAUCCGCGGUACGCCGCGAACGACGCGCGCGUGCGCGCCGCGGUCGCGCACGUCGACAACCGCCUCUCUUCUAACGCGUGGCUGGCGGGCGACGAGUUCACGGCUGCGGAUGUCAUGAUGGUGUGGUGCUUUACGACGAUGCGGAAGUUCGAGCCGCUGCAUUUGGGGGCGUAUCCGGCGAUUCUGGAGUGGUUGGAGCGGUGUACGGCACGGCCCGCGUAUCGGAAGGCGAUGGGGAGGUGCGAUCCGGAGUUGGAUUUGGAGAGCGGGAGGAGUGCGGAGGGGCCGGCGGUGAUUGAGCUGUUUGCUAGGGCGAUGGCGGGGGGGAAGAACGUGUAGGGUAGUAAGGGUCGUUCGGGCCCUUGGAUUGCUUGGAAGAGUAACAGUCGAUCGUAGCUGUUAAGCGGGGAAGGAGGGAGAAGGGAGGAAAGCGAGAAAGAGCAAGACCAAUAAUGUAUCGAUUGACAUUAGAGGAGAAAAGGGCCUCGAUGAAGCACUCCGCUCACCGUCAACGCCCAAUAAUGUAUGCAUC